AUGACGGCGGCAGCAUAUCAAAUCGCCGCCGCACUAGAAGGCUUCUUCUGGCCCAAAUUCUUCUUCGACUUCCUCACCAAGAACUUUGAUCUCGCCGUGAAACCCGUCCCCAUCCUCCAAAUCAUCAAUCUCGUCAUCGGCAUUAUAUCGCUGGCGUACGAAUGGCCCCUCAAAUAUCUCGCGGGGACGUCGAUCCAUCGAAGUAUGGAGGUGCGAUUGAUGUGGCUGCCCUUGGCCAGUCUAUCGAGCGUCCUCAUCUACCAGGCGACGAAUCCCGCGCUGUACUACUUGAUCGGCGUGGUGGUGUAUUUUUGGGCAUAUAGUGAGGGCGAGAUCAUAUGUGCGGUACCAUGGACAUUACCCAAACGAACCGACAGACGAAGAGUCGAGAAAGCAUGA